GACCUCACCGCCAUGGAUUUGGCACCGGCCGCCUCCCUCACCCUCACCCUCUUCCUCUCCCUCCUCUUCCCCUUGGUGGCUCCCCACAACAUCACCAAGAUGCUGGCCCAGUUGCCCGACUUCUCCACCUUCAACGAUCUCCUCACCCAGACCCACCUUGCCGCCGACAUCAACAGCCGCUCGACCAUCACCAUCCUCGCCGUCAGCAACGGCGCCGUGUCGUCCGUCUCCGACGAACCCAUCGACACCAUCAAGAAGAUCCUCUCCCUGCACGUUAUCCUCGACUACUACGACGACAACAAGAUCCACAAGAUCUCCAACCACACUGCCAUCCUUACCACACUCUUCCAGGCCAGCGGCGGCGCCGCAGGCCAGAACGGCUUCCUCAACGUGACCAACAUGGAAAACGGGCAGAUCGCCUUCGGCUCCGCCGUGGCGGGCUCCUCUCUCACAGCCAACUUCGUGAAGGUCCUGGCCACGCAACCCUACAACAUCUCGGUCCUCCAGAUCAGCAGCGUCAUCGUUCCUCCUAGCCUCAGCGGCGGGGAUUCCAGCAACCACAGCACGAAACCGCCAGCGUCAUCUCCUACACCGACGGCGGCGCCCAAGACGGCCCCUGCGCCACGGUCAUCUCCUACGCCGACGGCGGCGCCCAAGACGGCCCCUGCGCCACCCACAGCAGCGCCCUCAGAGGCCCCGUCCGAAGCGGCGUCACCGCGGGCAUCUGAUGCGGAGUCUCCGGGCGGAAAGACGGAUGAUGAGCCAGCGCCAUCAGGCGCACCGGCUUCAGCGGGCAUAGACGGAUCACCAGCGGGAGCUCCGUCCGACGGCGCCGACGCCCCGGAAGGCGACGGUGGCGGGAAAUCCGCUGCGGACCGGGUGGGUGCUGGUGUUGUUGGGCUUGCUGUUGCCAUGGGUUUCGCCAUGUUAGGCGCUCUCUGAAUGAUAGUCGAUUAGGAGAAGCUCUUAGCUACGUGCAUGGCCAAGCAUGCAUAUCUCUUGCAUGGUUUUGGGAGGUAUCACGUUGGCGCACGGUCAAUCUAAAUCAUUAACUAUGUGUAUCUUAG